GCGCGAGAGGAGGAGGAGGAGGAGGAGGAGGAGGAGGAGGAGGAGGAGGAGGAACACUGGAGCAGAGAAUGAUGGCGGUGAACAAGAAGAAGCGACAAGUUUGAUACCGCGAAACGGACACUUUGAAGAGAGUGUUUCGACCGUGUGGAUUUAAAUAAAGCAACCACGAGAUGGCCUCGCUGUUUGUGUGUUAUCGACCCACAUUGCUUCAAAGAAGCGCCACUGAAGCCACGGCGCCGUUUGCAUAAAGUAGCAAAAGGAUAAAGUCCAUCAACAACCAACCAGCUUUUUCAACCCGGGGUACAAUGAUUAAAGCUGAAAACAAAGGAAGCGACAGAUCUCUGAGGAGUGCGUCUCCUCACAGAAAUGCAUACAAGUCCGACUUUCACGCCAUUAAAUGCUCCUUUGAUGGACCCAAAUGUGAAACCACCUCCAAAUCAUAUGCAAAUGGCUCCAGUGACACCCGGGAGGACUCCAGGGGGAGGCCUUUCGGGACCCGGGUGAACAAGAUAAAAAACAUAUUCCUGCAAAUGGAUGGGCAGCAGCAGGAAAGCCAAGAUGCGAAAGCUCCUUUGAAGUCAGAUGUGUCCCCACCAAAGCUGCCUUUUCCAACCAAUGCACAUAGAUUAAACUUCAACAACGCCACAAGCCCCGAAUCACUGAACUCAGAUAAAACACCCAAGGGGGAGGAUGUUGAGAUUGAUAAAGUGGCACUGGCGGAGAAGUUUUCAGUCACCAGAAAACUCUUUGAAAGAGGCCUCAAAGAGCAGCCUGUGUCAGAGAAGCAGUCCCCAACCAGAGUUGUGAGCCGCUUGUCUCUCGGUAGUUCUUCAGAAGAAUCGAAAAGCACAAGAAGAGCGUCAGGAUCAUUUGAGACUACUGCUAAAUCAGAACCAACCACUACAACAAAAUCUAGACAAGAUGAGAACACUGAUGGAGAGAAGAAGCACACAUCCAGAGUAUCUCUCAAUGCGGGGCCCAUGUCGAAAAGACUGGAAAAUUACAUGACUGAAAAUGAUGCGGAAGAAAACACUAAAGAGACCAAAAAGGAAGGAGUAUCACCCACUAAGCACAGCACUAGUGAGUACUUGGUGCCUGCCUCUCCCGUAAGAGAAAGCUUUCACCGAAACUCAGCAUCUAAAGAGCCUACUUCGCCCACAGCAUAUACUACUAACAAAAGUUCAAUCCAGGUAACAGUUUCCUCUAGUUCAAGUCACAAACCAACUUCACCGGAGCCCACUAGCCCCAAAAGCCCUGGGUACAAGCAUUUGGCAUCAUCUGGUGGAGGUUCUACCAGGACAGAUGCAGGGGGAAUUCAGACCAAUGACAGGAACAAAUAUUUUGAAGGCAACAAGUCAAAUGACAGUGUGGCUUUGGAGUCUAAGGGUGGGAGCAUGGUUCGGGCAGAACUUGUGGUAGUACAAAACGAGUCUUCAGAGAGUGAGGACAACGAUGAAGAGGACGAAACAAACGUAUUUCAUGAGGAGAAAAUUGAAAGCCCCAAAGCAUCGUCACAAGUUUUGAAUCAAACUUUUACACCAGAAAAACAGGUUUCUAGUCAUGGACAUCGCGCUACUGAGAGACCAAUCGCAAAAGAGACUCAUAGUUUAGAUGAAAGUAUAAAGCAUAAUGAUAAUUGUGAGGAAGACGAAGGAGUGGAGGAGGAGAGCGAGCUGGAGGAGCAGGUGAGUGUGGACAGAGCAUCUCCGGUAUAUGGUAUUGAGAAUGCAGCUUUUGUGGAUGAUCGGGACGUUGACCAGGUUCUGAGGGAAGAGGAGGAGGAUGAAGAGCAAGACGAAGAUGAGGAAGAGCCACUGUAUGAGGAGGACUAUGACGAUUGUUAUGAAACGGUUGGACUGUCUGAGGAGGAAGACCCACCCCCAAAGAGGAAGAUUAAGUUCUCCACGGACCCCAUCUUGGUCUUCAGCACCUUCUCCAAUGAAGAAUAUGACCGGCGCAAUGACGACGUGGACCCAGUGGCAGCUUCAGCAGAGUACGAGCUGGAAAAGAGAGUGGAGAAGAUGGAAGUUUUUCCUGUGGAGAUUGAAAAGGGAGACAAUGGCCUGGGCAUCAGCAUUAUCGGAAUGGGAGUGGGUGCGGACCAGGGUCUCGAGAAGCUCGGCAUCUUUGUCAAAACUAUAACAGAACAAGGAGCAGCAGAGAAAGAUGGACGGAUACAGGUAAAUGACCAAAUUGUGGAAGUGGAUGGGAUCAGUCUGGUGGGAGUGACCCAGCUGUUUGCUGCCACUGUCCUGAAGAACACCAAAGGCUCUGUGAGGUUUCUGAUUGGUCGGGAGAAGCCAGGGACUCAGAGUGAAGUGGCCCGUCUCAUCAGCGAGACACUGGAACAGGAGAAGAACCAGCAGCAUCUGGAUGACGCCUAUGACCAUUCCACAGAGGAGGAGGAGCGCUACGAGGACGAGGCCAUGGAUGACAGGAUUCUGAGCUCUAACUUCUCUCCUGGACGCAAUGUAGAAGUGUAUGAGCUACCCCAUUCAGAAGCUUUGUUCAUGCCAACCAACAUGGACAGCUCCCAGAUGGCCUUCAGAUACAAAGAGCUUCAACUUAAACACAGCAUUGCAGUUGAAGAAAUAAAUCAACUUAAGGAAAAGCUAAGGAUUUCAGAAGAGGACAAAUCCCUGUAUGAAGCCAGGGAAACGGCACUGGAGCAAAAACUGGAGGAGAACAAUGAAAAGAUUCUGAAGGUGGAGAGUUUCUGGCUGGAAGCGCAGGCUCUGUGUAAAACUGUUAACGAACAAUUAUCCGAAACACAGGCCCAGUACGAGACGCUGGACAAGAAAUACAACAAAGCCAAAAAGCUGCUCAAAGACUACCAGCAAAAAGAGAUUGACUUUGUGAAGAAGGAAGAGGACCUUAAAAAAAGUCUUGAGGAGAAAGACAAGUGGUACAAGGAGCAACUAGACAGUUUGCAGAAAAGGAUAGCGGCUCUGGAGUCCGGGGGGAGCUUACAGUCGCCGGAAGAGGAGAGACUAGAGCCUGUUGUCAGCAGCCCACAGAUCGAUGAUUCACUGACAGAGAGGGACUGGGCAGAGCUUGUGCCUGAGACGGAGCUCUUGGACACGAGUGCACACAGAGCUAAAGGCCUGCUCGCCCUGAAAGCCAAACGGCAACCUCCAUCACGCAGCAAACUGAAGGAAAGCCUGGUCAUAGUCUCACCGCAGCCUCAGGAAGCUGAAGAUUUCAAUGAGGAGGAGCAGGAGAUCGCCAGGAGGAGGAGGUCGUGGCAGGAGAGCUUGUCCCUGCCAGUGCCUGUGUGUUACACAAAUGCACAGAGAGAAGACCCAGAGCACUCCAAAGAGCAGGCCCAGAUGUCCAGCAGCCCGUCCCUGUCGCCAUCACAGGGGGACAGCAUUGAGAGCUGUGGGAGCCCCUCUCCUGUCAAGGACACGUCUCCAGGAUUCAUGAGAAACCCCAAGAAGAAAGAGUCAAAGGGAAAAACAAAGGGCUCCAAAGAGGAGUUGAAUGAGCCAGUAGCAGCAGGAAAACACAAAAGGCGCUUUCCUGAUUUUGGAGGCUUACGAAAGUCAGGGGGCAAAGGGAAAAAGCAGCAAGACAAAGAAGCCAUGAGAGCAUCUCUGGACAGCAGGGGUUCAGCUGAGCUGCUGGAGGAGUCUGGAGGAAACCUGUCCCCAGCAGAGUCCAUGACGUCCGUCCCAACCUGUAUGCCCUUCUCCUGGUUCGGAGACAAAGACCGUGACCGAGAGAGAGACCCAUCCUGCUCCAGCAACAGCCUGCCCUAUGUGGCGACAGAGACUAGCAGCGAGCAGAGCCAGGAGCGCAAGACCAAGACAAAUCUCUCCUGGUCCUCUAUAUUCAGUCGCUCAUUAGAUGUGAGUUUGUCAGUUAUAGAUGACUGUAACCCAGGCAGCCCCAGUUCAGACAACUCUGGGUUAGUGGCUGAACCCAAUCUGACUGGGCGCUCUCACACUCUAAUCUUCUCUUCCAGCGAGACAUUGGACGAUGAGCCUGUGUCCACAGGGAAAGAGUACCAGUGGCAGACCCGGCCUGUGCCCGAGUGGACCACUCAGCAGGUGUGCCACUGGUUAAUGGGACUCAACAUGGACCAGUACACACCUGAGUUUACUGCCAAAGGAGUGGAUGGCCAGCAGCUGCUGCACUUAGACAGCGACAAGUUAAAGGCCCUUGGUGUGUUGAGUCAGAAUGACCGGUCAACGAUCAAAAAGAAGCUGAAGGAAAUGCGUAAGGCGCAGGAGAAGCAGGAGAAGCAGAGGGAAAAGAAGAAGGAGGGCCGGCGUAGUGGGAGAGUACCCAUCGGCACAGACUCUGUGUGCUGAGGUCCACACACAGGGCUGUUUAUGUCAGUGUUUACGUCUACCACACCACUGGUCACUGCACUGGUCCCUCCACUCUUUUUCACAAAAUCUUUUAACAAACUUAAAGGACUAUAUUUUUUAACAAAAUCAGAAAUGCGUGUAUGAGACCAAAAGGUUUUUCCCACUAUAAAGCUACAAGCUUCUAAUCUACAUGUCUUCAGUGGAAAUGUAGUUGUGACAGUCAAAUGUAUACUGCUUUUUAUAUUUUGUCAUAGUAUAACUUGCAUCUUUUACAACCAUUUUAUUGUACAGAUAAAGCACUAUAUUUGUCUUUAAGCUGCGGGGGAUGACAAGGUUGGAAUGUAUAAAUAUGUUUUAUACAUGUGCCUAUAACUGCAUUGUUUUUUACCUAAAGGCCAUUGUUUUAUUGUAUCAGAGAUUUUCUACUAAGUAGAAUAGAGUGGCCAUCUUUUGUCCAAUCUUAAGACAACAAACUGGCAAGUGACGUGAUUUUCUUUGGUCAUUGGGUUGUGUAUUAACAGGUGUCGUGUGCUAGUGCCCUGGACACAGACUUGACUGCACAGUGUGAGGCCAAACUAUGAAAUGUUUUUCUCUACAAAGAGCAAGAGCUACAGGAGGGGAAGGCCAUUGGCAGGUCUUCACAAACACUUGGUACAUAUACCAUCAAUAAACUAUUUUGAACAAAUUCACUCUUAACAA